CUAGGAUUUUUCCACCAUUAUCACCACCAUCAGCUGCAGGUGGCCGUUGAAAAGCAUCUCACAUCUCUAGAGAUGUCUAUGGAUAGUAGACUCCGACGACUCCGACCCUGAUUCAAGGCCAAAUCCCAGUUUGAUCCACUGGGCAGGGGCCGUCGGGGCCACUCUCGUGCGUGUGUGUGGCAUUCGUCUCAAGCCUAAACAAACGGAUUGAACCUCAUUCAGGACCAGGUCCAACUGAGUGGGAUCUCCGUGCCCAUGGAUGACAUCCAUUCGGCCUUUAAGCUAAUACCUGGCCAUCGACCCUUAGCACACACAAUUGCUCUCCGUUCCCACUGACAGAAGUGCGAUUCCGUCCGCCCAUUAGCACACCCGGGUCCGCCUCCAUCGAACGCGGUCGACGUCAUGGACCUUCGGAGCCUGUUGUUGGCCCGCCUGGCCGCCCGGGCGGCGCCGCUCAAUGUGGUUCAUGUGGGGAUAGAAAACUGGAUCGUGUUUUACCGCGAUAGCUUCGAGCGCUGGGACCCCGAGGACGACCCCUACGCCCCCAGUCAGAUGUUUCUGAUCGAAAUCACCACGGGACGAUACGUUCAUCGGGCUCAAGGCCAUAAGGUCGAUUGUGGCACAUCCCAAGACUUGGAUUUGCUUCAAGCCAAACUGACGGAGGCCUUCCAAGAGGCGCGGGCUUGCCAGGGUUGGCCGCCCGCCCUGACCGCAGGCCCUCAGGCGGGGCCACCUCGAUUGAAGGCUGUCGAUUAUCCGUAUCCUCGGCGGGUGUCGCUCCAAUGUCAAUUCCUGGGCUCCCAGGAUCAGGGAGUGAAGUGUGAAUCCGAAGCCGCCCUAGAUCAUGGCCGUGGUCAUGGCCCUGGCCCACGAUUCAUGUGCCAUCCCUGUCGAGAAGCGGGACCGGCUGGCCCGCUGAGGGAAGCCGACCCGGCUAACGCUCACAACUUGGAGGCCUUGAUGCAUGUGAAGGCCGAGAUCCAUCCGCCGGAGGAAGAGGAGAAAGAUCUGGACGAGUCGCAGUUGUUUCCCUCGGAUUUGGCCCAUGUCUCGUUUGAUGAGCUGGAUUGUGAUGCCUCCGACCUUGGCUUCGAUUACGACUCCCAUGAGAAUGAGGACGAGAACGAGGACGACGACGAAGACGAAGAAGCCGACGAGGAGGAGAAAGAGGCACGUGGGCCCAAGAAGAAGAGGUUGAAAAAGGCCAAACGAGAGCGGGAAGACGACGACUUGGGCCAAUAUCUGCCCAAUGGUCGUCGCCGGGUCUACGAUUGCAACCAUUGCUCGAAGACGUUCACCUCAUCGCCGGGCUAUCACAAGCACAUGAAACUGAAGCGAGGCAUGAAUUGUCGGGAAUGUAAGAAACGAGUCAUCACCUUCAACGAUUUGAUCAAGCACGUGUCCGACAAGCAUCCGAGCCAGUUUGAGGAGUACCUCAAGUACGGUCAGUUCGAUGAGGACGAGACUCGCAUGCAUGUGCCGCGCAAGUGCAUUCUUUGUGAUAUGAUGUUCAACGGAAACGUGUUGCUCUACCGCCACAAGCAGUUAUACCAUGAGAUGGGCGACUACAAUUGCUCGGAUUGCGGUCAUCCUUGUCUCACCUACUACGAUCUCGCUAUCCAUUACUACCAGGAGCACGCCAAGGCUCUGGAAUACCGGAAACCUCACAGCUACGGCCUGGAUAUCGUCGCCCACAAGGAUGACAAGAUCGAGAAGAAGCGGGUCAAGUUUGUGUGUGAGCAUUGUCAGGCCUCGUACAAUACGGAUCCCGGGUGGACCUUGCACCUGCGAACCCAUCAUUCCUGGGGACUGUUUGAGUGCAAGCCUUGCGACGAAAUCUGUCAUUAUGCCCACGAAAUCUCGGCCCACCAGAUCAAUUUCCAUAAAGACAAACCUGAGGUCACGUGUCCCAGUUGCUCGAAAGUGGUGGAUCUCAGGGACGAUCGCGACGCAUUCAAUCAGCACUACAAGUCCUGUCCCCACGUGGCCAAUAAGGCUAUUCAAAAGAAUAACGGUGAAAAGAAAAGCAUGACGUUUCAGUGUCACUAUUGUGGAAAAAACUACAGCUCCAAGACCUCGUUCGAUUCGCACAUCAAGCAACAUCAAGGCAUCGAGCGGUUCAAGUGCUCCCAGUGCGACUACGGGACCAACACCAAGAAUGUCCUCUUGGACCACGAGAAGAUGCAUCUCCGGGAAAAGGGCUUGACCAACGCCGACACCAAUCUAGUGCUCUUUCACCAGUGCGAUCAAUGCGGCAAACAGUAUUCAAACAUUCAAGGCCUACGCGGCCACGUCAAACGGGUUCAUCUGGGCAUCAAGCCUAGUUAUCCAUGUGCAGAUUGCGAUCUAGUUGUCAGUUCCAAGUCGAUGCUCUAUCGACACAAGCGAGAGAUGCACGGAUUCGUGAACAACGUCAAGAAGAAAGGCCGACGAAACAUUGCGGGGUUCGAAAUCAAGUAGAUGAAUGAACACGGUGUGGUGUGAUAGAUGAUGUUCUAUUUAUUCAGUAUUCAGUUGAAGCAAGAGGUCGCGUAUCUUGAAAAGACACACUCGAUCUGUUUCCAUAUUGGCGAAGAAAUCGAAGUGGUUCCAUCCGUCGAAAUCGACAAUUUCGUUGUAAAUCACGUUGGGAAGUCGGUCCAUAAGUAAGGCUGCGUCCACGGGAUCAGCCAGAUCAUCCGCGUUGCCCACAAAUAAUGCAGUGGGAGCACUCACCUAGGAGCCAUGUCAAAGAUAUCCCUCCAUCCAGGCAUGACUAGCUCAAAUGAUGAUGAAACAUUCUCACCUUGGAAAGAUCGUAUUCCGGAGGUGUGUCUUGGCCAUACUCUAAUUGAUUGCGAACCGGUCCGUAAUCGUAGCGGGCGAAACGAUCCUUGUCCAAGAAGAGUUGCGCGUAAUGGACGAACGUCUGGGUGGACGUGCCUCCGGGCAAAUGAUCCAAAUAGAACGGGAUCAUGCUCACGUUCAUGUAAGAAUAGCUCACUUGAAAGAAGGCGAAGAAAAGGUUCGAGCACAAACUCGCACCCACCGGAUGUUCGUCAUCGCAGACCUCAUGAGCGAUGUAGUGCAUCAGAUCAGAGGAGGGCAAGAAUUCGUAGAUCCCUGAAAGAGAGACCUACAUGUUUCUCUUCCUUGCUCCAUUAGUGUCGAUAGGGUAGCCAGCGUGUAUGUGUCUCCAUUUGAAUACCUAACUCAUGGAUGAGAUCCGUGAUAUCCUCAGCGGCCUCGGCCAACAAGAAAAUCGGGUGGGUGGCAUGACCCAUGAAGGCCGGUGGACCCAUGAGUACGCCGGCCUUGACCUUGGCAUUGUAUUCAGGCAUUUCCGAGAGUAACACAAGAUAUUGACUGGCGCCCAUCGAGUAUCCAACCACAAACAAUUGAUCGAAACUCGUUUGCUCCAAAAUGUAGUCAAUCUCCGCCGAAUAAUCCAAACGUCCUGUCUUGUCCCAACCGAAAUCCCAGAACGCCUCACUUCCCAUGCCAGUGUCCAAAGUGGUGUGGUUCUUGGACCACGUGCUCCCCCGAGUGUUGCCCAUCCACACAUCAAAUCCUAGAAUGACCCAAGAGGGUAUUCAAAGUCUAGAGACACCUCUUGCAUUUGCUUCGUUACCGGCAUCAGCCAAGACAUAAGCCAAAGAUUUGGUGGGAGGCCCAAACGCGAAAACCGCACUGGUGCACAAAAGACAGUGCCCGAGGAACACGGGGGUCUUCUGGCCUUGUUGCCCAGGAUCCUGCACCUCGUCUCUGCCUCCAGGAAUCCGAUGCAUGGUUAAGAUAUAUCCAUCCGAAGUGGUGACCUGAUGAUCUUCUACGGGAUAUCCCCAAUAUUCGAUCAUUUCCACCUUGGGUUGAGAUUCAAUUCGAAAACUGGCCUUAAUAGAGCAGGUAUUUGAUUGAGAGGGAGGGUGGGUGUCUUACCACAGUCAUAACCGGAACAUCUUGAGUGCCCACAACCAAGCCCACGCUUAGUAUAAGGAGCAAACCAAUGGAUUGCGGAUUCGAUACCAUUGCGAUCGCGUCAAAAGCCCCCGAUGAAGUGUGUGAACGUGUGUUUGUGUGAUAUUGACCUUUCUGUUUAUCUCGCCCUUUCCUUCAAUUGCUGUUUUUUUUCCAAGUUCAAAUAUUAAUUGGUGCAUAUAUGUCCUGUUCAAAUAAACAAGGAUAUUUA